AUGGCGGACGAACAAUCGCUCCCAGAACGACCCAAGGAUGCCCCUGCCGCAGCCGCCCCUCCCACCGAAGGCGCCGCCGCUGCUGCCGAAGGCGAAGACAAGGGCCCAUCAAAAUCCGCAUUGAAGAAACUCGCCAAGGAGAAAGAAAAGGCCGAAAAAGCCGCCAAGCGCGCCGCCGAGGAAGCUGCACGUAAGAAGGAAUCAGAAGCCAACGAUGUCAGCGCCGAGAACUAUGGCGAAUUGCCUAUGAUUCGGGAGAGCACUGGCGUUGAACACAGGCGGUUGGAGGAUUUGAGGGAGAAAUAUGAUGGAAAGGACUUUGGCGGUGAAGGAGGAGAAGGAGUUGCGGGAAUUGGGCCGGAGGUCGUGUUCAGAGCGGCAGUGGAGAAUGCGAGAAAUCAGAGCGCCAAAUUGUCGUUUUUGGUUUUUGCUCAGGGGCAUAGUACUAUCCAGGCGGUUGUUGCGGCGAGCGACACGUUGAGUCGACAGAUGGUCAAAUUCGCUGGAAGCAUCCCUACAGAGAGUGAGGUUAUCGUCCAUGGUCGACUUGGUAAGCCGCGAGAACCGGUCAAGAGCACGACGAUCCAGAAUCUCGAGGUCCACGUCAACAAACUCUACAUUCUGUGCAAGGCAGAUGCACAACUACCACUUCAAGUCGCCGAUGCAGAAGGUCGGAUCCCUGCCGAAGGUGAAGAAAACGCGGUCCGAGAAGAUGGAAAGCCCAUUGUCUCGCUCCAUGCACGUCUCACCAACCGGACAAUCGAUCUCAAAGCAAACCUCAAUCACGCAAUCUUCAAAGUGAAAUAUGGCGUGCAGAAGCUCUUUACAGAAUUCCUUGACGAGCGCGGCUUCCUUCUGAUGAACUCGCCGCGUCUCCUCGGUGCUGCAAGUGAAGGUGGCGCCAACGUCUUCGAAGUCAAAUACUUCAACUCGAAAGCAUACCUCGCGCAAUCACCACAACUGUACAAGCAAAUGAUGAUUGCUGCACGAUUCGAGCGAGUCAUGGAGAUCGGUCCCAUUUUCCGCGCGGAGAACAGCAACACUGCCCGACAUCUCACAGAGUUCACCGGACUCGAUCUGGAAAUGGCAUUCGAGGAACACUACCACGAAGUCGUCACGCUGAUCGAAAACCUCAUGCUUCACAUCUUCGAGGGUCUCCGCACGCGCUACGCCAAGGAGACCGAACUCGUCCGCAGCGUCUACCAAGUCGAAGAAUUCAAACUGCCCCAAUCCGGCAAAGUCCCACGCCUGCAUUUCAAAGAAGGUAUCCAAAUGCUGCGCGACGCCGGCGAAGAAGUCGCCGAUUUCGACGACCUCUCCACCCCGCAAGAGAAGAAACUUGGCGCCCUCGUCCUCGAGAAAUACGGCUCUGACUUCUACGUCCUCGACCAAUACCCCCUCGCCAUUCGUCCCUUCUAUACCAUGCCCUCGAAGGAAUCCCAGGCCAACUACGACCCGAAGGACCCUAACGCCGGCUACUCAAACUCCUACGAUUUCUUCAUGCGCGGCCAGGAGAUCAUGUCCGGUGCUCAGCGUAUCCACAAUGCGACAUACCUCGAGAAGCGCAUGCGUGAGCACGUCACUCCCGUCGACCCGCAGAGCGAUGGACUCAGGGACUAUGUCAAUGCGUUCCGAUAUGGUUGCCCGCCACAUGCGGGUGGUGGUAUCGGAUUGGAGAGAAUCGUCAUGUUGUACCUGGGCCUCCCGAAUAUCCGUCUCGCGUCGCUGUAUCCUCGCGACCCGUCGAGGUUGAUCCCUUAA